AUGCAUACUGACAGGCACCUCAAGUUGAAAAGCAGCACUUAUGAAGAGUGCAUUUGGCAAGUCAUGCAAACAAAGAAAGAUGAGAUCACAUGUCAGCUUAUACUGCAGCAGCACAUUGCUGGCCAGGACGAGCACUUGGUUUUGGCCAACUCCAACCCAACGAGGAGCUUGCUGCCAGAAUUGAUGAUUGUGAUGAACCCACUCUAUUGGCAGCACUGCUCAGCAACCAUCAAGCUAAAAUGUAAUUGUAUGGCCCUCUUCAAUGCCUUGCUAGAUCUCCAUGGUGCAAUGAGGGCUCCACCACACACCCAUCUUAUUGCACUUGCUGGAUCACACACUCAGGAUGAACACCAGGGAUCUCUGCAUGUAGUCUUGGACAUGUGGGUACAAUGGAGUGUAGUCCUUGGAAAACUUCAACUUAUGAAGGCAUUGACGGUCAAUAUGUCAGUGUUGUUGUAUGUGCCACUGAUGUUACAAUGGGCCACAAUUGCAGAGUCUAAACCCAACAUCUAUCAACUUGCCAGUAGUAAGGGUAGUCAAGUCCACGAAUACCACUGUGUCAACCCACAAGACCCCAUCCCAACAGGUGGCGCCAACAAUGGCUUUGAUGAUGGGAUUCCAAAUGUUUGGAUAUCUACUGGUGUUCAAGUCAGCGAGGAUAUUAGCCCCCAUAUGAUGACACGGCCGCAGCUUAUUGAUGUCCUUGAGGUAGUCAUUCUGAAGUUGGGAAAACUUCUCUCUGUGGUCCGGAAACCGAUCUGUGUGAUGCUCUAG